CUGAGAUCCCCUGCCAGUACAGCUUCACCGACGCCGACAACGAGCCCAGCUUUGUCAUGAUCCAGUGGUUUGUGAGAGAGUUGGGAAACGCCUCUCGGGUGCGGAUCUUCUACAGCGACGACCGCCAGCAGAUGGUUGAUAACAACACUGACUACAGCGGUCGCAUCGAGGUGACUUCAGACCAGCUGGGAUCUCGACUCGUAAUCCAGGACGUUGUGCUCAAGGAUGAAAAGGAAUUCAUCUGCCAGGUGAACGGACUCGCUGCCGGGAGCGCUGAGGGAAAGACCCACCUCCGAGUGUUUGCUCCUCCAGAGGCUCCAGUGAUCGAGGGUGUAACUACUGGGAUAUCUGUGACCAACGAGAUGCCGUCUAAGGUUGCAUCAUGUGAGGCCCGAAAUGGUUUCCCUAAACCCAACAUCACCUGGUACAGGAACGGCAUGCCUCUGAUGUCUGCAGCUGGACACGUGAACGUGCUGAUGCUGGUCGUUCAAGAGUCCGGCAGGUUCUCGGUCCAGAGCACUCUGCAAUACAAGGUGGUGAAGGAGGACAAAGACGCUCAUUUCUCCUGUGAGGUCAGCUUCUUCGUUCCCGGAGCCAUCAGGACGACCGAGUCGCACAGCGUCAACAUCACUGUUCACUACCCCACCACCAUGGUGGAGCUGUGGAAGGAGUCGCCCCAGGGCCUGGUCAAAGAGGGGGACACCGUGGAGCUGCGUUGCCAGGGCGACGGCAACCCCCCGCUGCCCUUCAUUUUCAACAGAGAACAAGAGUUGGACGUGAACUUGGAGAGCAGUGGCGAUGUGUUGAUUCUUUCACCGGUGUCUCGUAAAGACAGCGGCAUCUACCAGUGUCGUCCUCUGGACGCCGACGACUCCAGCGAGGUCAAAGGAGAAAUGCAGCUCAUCGUGCACUACUUGGAUCCAGCCGUUGUGGUACCCAAAGACUCCGAGGUCAUGUUCAAAGGAGAAGAUCUGACCGCAUCCUGCAACGCUCUGUCGUCCCUCAAAACAUCCACAGUCUGGUACAAGGACGGGAAGCAGGUGGGUCAGGGGAACACGCUGCACCUGCAGGACGCCACCUACGAAACCAGCGGAGAGUACAUCUGUGAGGUGACCGUGCCCGCCCUGCCUGCCCUGCACACCAGUGGCUCAGUCCACAUCAUCGUACAGGGUGGUCCUCAGCUGGUGGGCCUGGAGCAGGAGGUGCAGCUGGAGGAGGCGGCCGGCAGGAUGGUGAACCUGAGCUGCGAGGCUCAGGGACAUCCGCUGCCCAGCAUCUCCUGGAACAUCAUCGGCAGCCAGAACUGGCAUGAAGUGGUGAACAAGGCCAACGAGCACAUGACUCACAGCGUGGUGUCGGUCAAAGUCACCUCGGACGUCAGCGCUCAGUGCAACGCUUCCAACAACAUGGGCACCGAGGUGAAGGCGUUCAGCAUCAAAGCCAUUCCCAGGGUCACCACGACCGCUCCCUUCUCUCCUGCUGAGGGCAGCGGGGUGAUCAUAGUGGUGAUCAUACUGUGUCUCCUGCUGCUGGCCUUCCUCGGCAGCGUCAUCUACUUCCUGCAUAAGAAGGGGAAGAUUCCCUGCGGACGCUCAGGCAAGCAGGAGAUCAGCACCAAAGAGAAGACCACCAAAGAUGACAUUGUUGUGGAGAUGAAGACCAACACAAAGAACGAGGAAGCUGUCCUCCUAAAGGCCGUCAACGGAGACAAAAAGGGCCCUAAUGACCAGUAAAGCCCCCGACGGUUCAGCAGUGAUGUUGUGCAGCAGACAGCAGCAGGACACGUGAAGGCAGCGGUCAGAGAGGGUCGGAGACGCUGCCACUGAUCUGAGAGCUGCCGGGCAACACCACCUCACCGUCUGGACAUUCCACCAUCAUGCUUCGUUCUCGGCAGUAUUCAGUAGAUUUAAACACACACACUCUCUCUCACACUCACACCAGUAUGUAUGUACAGAUUUCCUUUCGAACAAAUGUUUUUCUUUCUUCUCAUUUGUUUUGUACUAUUUCCUCAAACUGUGUUCAGCUCUUGGCUGUUGUUCGGUGUGUUUGACGGUGUCUCACAAGCACCAUCGUUUUGUUUUUUUUUUUCUUAAUGAAAGUGUAUAUAUUAUAUAUAUUUUGUUAUUUAAGAUAUUUUGGCACUCAGAUUUUCAUUUCAUGGCAGUGUCUGGGUCGUGUGCAUGUUGAUCCGUGUUCAUGGGUCCAGGUGAGUUUUAAGACCAAAUGCGAGUUUCUUAACAGAUGGUUCAUUCUGAGAGGAGGUUUGUCAGUGUGUUUGCUCUGAUUUGAUGCCAAUAUUUGUAGAAAUCGAUGUUGAAAUUUGCCAAAAAAAAAAACAAUGCAUAUUGAAGUUUUUCCUCCAGAAUCCGCGUUUGUUUGGUUGUUUGAUCAUCAGGAGACACUAAAGCUGCAGGAUAAUCAGAGCAGUAGUAAUCUGUAAAACACACCGACACACUGGCGGCUUUUCUUUUGCAAACUGCUGUCGAGCCCUUGUACUGUUUGUAAAUACGUGUAGUGUACAGACCUGCUAGCGGAGGCCUCGGACUGUUACUGAAGGCGAAAAAGGUCAAAGGUUUAGUGAUCUGCUGUGCCUGUUUUUUGAGAAUGCAUCAUACACUGAAGUUGUUUUAUCUGUUGGUUUGCUCUGUGUUUCCUUUGUGUUUCCACUGAGAGCUGGUGGCCUGAAGAAGAAGCGAACCAGUGUUGCUGCAGGUUUGACAUGUUUGUGGAUCACACACGGUGCAGGAUGCAGGUUUUUAGGUUUAUUUCCCUUUAGGCGGCCAGAAGUUUUUAUACAGCUUGAAAAACCAGCUUGCAAGGACUUAAAACAUGUUAGAACGUUUAGUUUUCUCAUCAAAGUAACAGCAGGGUUACCUUGAAACUAUCAUAACGAUAAGAAAUAGACACAAAAAUGCAAUUUUAAGACAUUUUUUAAAUCAAAUAAAUGUAAAGCAGUGUGUAUUUGUCAUUUUAUCACUGCAUUUAAGCCACAGAGAAGCAGUUUAUUUGGAUAAAGAGAAAUUCCUGAUGAUCUUUGAGAAACUCAGGAAGGUUUUCAGUCACAUAUAACAUAAUAAAGCUCUCCUCACUGUCAAAAACACAACCCAGAAAUGACUUAGUGCCUAAGUUUGCCUCAUUUGUAGGAUGCAACCCAGCAUAUAUCAGUUCAAUCGUCAGUAGCAUCUUUAUAUUUAUGCUUGUUUGAUGCCAAACAAGCGAGGUGAUGCAGAAAAUCCAGUCACAUGUUGGAAAGUGGGUUAAAAAGUCUUUUAUACUGAGCAGCAGAUUGGGUUUUUUUUUUUUUUUCAAAUCUUAAAAGAGUCUUUAAGGAUUGUUGAAAUACCUUCAAAUUAGCAGAAAGUGGUUUUUCAUAACCUCGUGGGUUUUCCGAAGAUUUACAUUUCACUAAAGUGACUCAAAUUCAAUUAUAAUGGCAGCAGCACAAACUGGAUCUUGUCACUCAGCCUCAUAGCGAACCUGCCAAAACCUGCAAACACUGUGAUUCUCCCUUUUAAAGGCCAGCGUUGUGAAUAUUUCUCACUGUGUACUUUUUUUUUGUGAAAAAGAUAUUUUUGUUUUGCUGAGAGCGCUACAUUGCCCCGAUGACUUGCAACAUUAACCGAGUAGCGAUAAGGUUUCCCUCUUUGGUUUGUGUUUUUUGUUUUGUUUUGGUUGAGAUGUUGGAGUUUUAGAUAAAUCCAGGUUCAGGACGUCGUGAGGCAACAAGUGUGAUGCUGUCAUGUAGAGAAGCUGCACAAAGCCACAACA